AUGCCACGUGCUAUUACGCAACUGGUAUCAAUGGCCACCUUGGAGGCUGUCAGUUUUGGACCGGCAGGACUUGCUGGCAUGAAAGUGGUGGAAUAUCAGCCGACACACCUUGUCCAAGCCCAACCUAUGAUGCAACAACAAUCCCAUGGACAGUUUGUGGCUCAGCAUCAAACUCCGCAAACGCACCAACAGCCACGAGUGUUGUAUUCUGGUGGAACACAGAUUGCUGGCCCACCACAGCAAAUGCGCCACAUAGUGCAGCAGCAGCAACAACAACAACAACAACAACAACAACACCAGCAACAACACAAUCAGCAUGCGCCAGUUCACGUGCAGCAAACUCCUCAUCACCAUGUCACCGUUGUUCCCAGCACUCCACGCACUCACUUUGCUCCUGCUCCUCAAGUUACAGGAACUCCGUCAGUGUCUUCAAGUGGUGGAAGUGAAAACAAGGUAGAUCAACUCACAGAACAGUGGAUUCGACAGAAUUGCGUUUUGGACCGCGGUGCGGUGACUCCUCGAGGAGAGCUCUAUGCGGCAUAUGUCGACGAUUUGCGAAAUCAGUACCACUCCCUUAGUGGUAGCCUAGCGAUGUUCAGCAACGUUAUGAAAUCGAUAUUCCCCGAGCUUGUUUUCAAAAUGGCUGAGAACGGGCUGAUGAUGGUAGCACAUGGCAUAAGAUUGGUCAAGCCACACAGAUUAGCCCCUGCAGCUUCUGCUCAGGCAGUUAAUAGUGCAGCAUCAAUUCCUAACAAUCCUCCACCUCCUGUGCCUCCUGUGAUGGUUCCCGCUACUGUCGCACCAUCACCGCAACCGCCACCACACUCGGCUACAAUUGCUGCUCAUCCCUUAAUGAAGCAAAUCUUGACGAAAAAUGCACAAACCUCCUUGCCUGUUGUCAAUGGUAUUAAUGGUGUUGCCAAAAGCAAUUGCUCGUCAAGGAGCGCAUCCCCUGCGAUUGACAUCAAUACCGAGCGAAAGGAAGAAGUGCAGCCGAAACCCGCCGAUGUCAAACCUCCACAGCCCCCACAAGACUCGGAUACCAAAACAAAUGGACAAAAUGGGAAGACUGAAAAUGGAGUUGCAACAUCCGACGAUGAGCAUAGUGAUGAUGAAAAGGCUUCUCAUCAUAAGGCAUCCGAAACGAAGAAUUCGCAGUCUGUUCUGAAGAGCUUGGAGAAGAAAGUGUUGCAGAUCGACCCCUUGGCGGAGUACAUGUGCGAAUGGGAUGGAUGCGCCGCAUUGUUUGCAAAUGCCCCUUCACUCCUCUCACAUGUUGCCAAAACGCACAUCAUAGAUGAUUUCGAUCAGGUGUGCCAAUGGCCAGGAUGUGAUGGCACGCUACGGAGCAAAUGGUCAUUAGUAACGCAUGUACAAGACCAUCAUGCGAACGAAACAGCUCUGAAGAUGGCUUUGCAAAGACGAAAAGAUGGACUGGCUCCCGCACAGCCACAUCGCUAUAGGCAAGAACUCCCACGUGAAACACCUCAUCAUCCUGGUUAUAGUAAACAUGCAGCUAUAGAAGCGAUAAGGCGGCAUGCUUUCAACUUUCUUCCUAGAGAUAUAACGGUAGGAAUUUUGGCGACUUCAACGGAUGAACCUGAAGGCCCUGUCACGAAGAGCAUACGUUUAACAAGCUGUUUGAUUUUAAGGAAUUUGGCGCGAUAUUCUGCUACAGGAAGACAGUACGUUACCUCUCAUUGA